AGAACGGGAGGGGUGGGGGGAGAACCGGAACACCGGAGGAAAUAGAAGAAGAAGAUCAUUCCAGGGAAGUAGUAGUAGCAGCUGCAGUUUUGGGGAUUCUAAGGUUUGAGGCGUUUCUCCUUUUCUUCUUCUUCUUCGUCUUCCCCUUCAUCCUCUGUUGUCGUUCUUCCUCUUUCAUGAAAUUGGUUCUUGUACUUUGGUUUCGAAUGUAUCUCUUCGUCGGACUUGCACAGUGAUCCGUUUUCGUGCUUCCUCUUCUCCUCCUCCUCCUGCUGUUGUAUAAUUGGAGUGGUCUUUCUCACUCUGAUUCUGGUUUCUGUGGAACUACUCUUUCGAUCCUCUCUCGCUCUCUGUGGUUGGGAAUUCUUUUUCUUCUUCUUCUUUGAACGCGCCUGCGUGGAACUGGAGCUAUCUCUUGGACCGACUGUAGUUUUUACUGCUACCAUCCGUUCGUUGUGACUUGUUGUGGUGGUUGUUUGUCGUUGUCAAUGAAAGGGGGGAUCUCUUCGUCUGGUGAGAGUUCCGCGUUUGUCGGUCGAGUUGCAUGUUAGAUCGGUUCUCUUUUUUCCUGUUUCUGUUGUUGUUUGAGGAAUGGAGAAGUCCAAUGUGGUAUGCGACCAUUGUAACGAGGAAGGCGCGGUGCUUUUCUGCCGGGCGGACUGCGCGAGGCUGUGCUUGGUCUGCGACCGCCAUGUCCACACAGCGAACCCACUCUCCAGGAAGCACUCGCGCUCCCACCUCUGCGACAACUGCAGCUCGCAGGCGGCGUCAGUGCGGUGCGUUACGGAGAGCUUGGUGCUCUGUCGAGACUGCGACUGGGACGCCCACGGGAGCUGUGCGGCCUCCGUUGAUCAUGUCCGGCAGGCAAUUGAAGGCUUCUCGGAUUGCCCUUUGGCUCGGGAUCUCGGUCUGAUCUGGGGAUUCGAUCUCUCGGACAAGUUGGCCUUCCUGCUCUUGGAAGACUCGGGAAAUGGCAGCGAAGAUUUGGAUUGGUUCCGCUCAGAUGUGAUCAACAACGACAAUGCCCUCGAUUUUCUUAGCCUUCAUGAUGUGACCGUCCCCUCUUCUGAAUUCUGCUCUCCUUCGAAGGUUCAGAAUCCAAACUGCGGGAAACGAAAACAAGUAAUCUUUAACCAACUUGUCGAAUUGCUCAAGAGAGAAAUCAUGGAGAAGAAUUUUGAACAUGCUGGGGAUAUGAGUCCUGCAACCCCUAGCCAGAGCAACCUGACAGGAUCUAUCCAAGUUCCGGAUUCUUGCAAUACUCAAAUGUCAGAGCAAAUGGUUGAUGCAGACCAGCAGCCACCUUAUACGGCGAGAAUGAUGUUCCCUCAAGAAGGUGGAAAUUGUCCACUUGACAUUUUUUGGGAUGUUGGUGCUUCAGAUCAAUAUAAUCAGGUUCAGAUUUGGGAUUUCCAUAUCAGAGAAUGCACGGAUAAUGGAGGAUGUACAACAGAAAUUGGAUCUGGUGCGUCUAAUAGGAAUUCUAAGGUCAAGAGCUUUAAUGAACUGACAAGAGGAACAUCCUUGGCUACAGGAAAUAUUUUAGAGGACAUGUUUGACUUUAAUUGCCAUUCAGCAGGCAAUUGCUUUUCUUGCUCAGAUAUUCAACAGAUAUCCUCACAAAAUGCUGACUUUGGUGCAAAAUGGCUGCCUACGUCGGGCAGCAGACAAAGCCACUUGCAGUCGGAGGUCAGCAUGUUACUCCCAGUAGGGUCUUCUGAAGGCAACUUUUCACAGCCAACUCUGCAUAGUAAAGACAUCAAAGAGAGGUGCAUGCCUGAGCUUUCUAUCCUAAGUGGAGGCGAUCUGUUAAAAACGUCUAAAGUUGACACUGAGCUCUUGGCCCAGAACAGAGGCAACGCCAUGCAGCGUUAUAAGGAGAAGAAGAAAACAAGAAGGUAUGACAAACACAUCCGAUAUGAAUCUCGAAAGGCAAGGGCAGAUACACGUAAACGUGUAAGAGGACGUUUUGUGAAGGCAAAUGAAGGUAUGAAUGUCCUGUUACCCAGUGAAACCAGUUGAGGAGCUCAAAUUUGGUGCCUUCAAGAAGCCUUACAUAUUCCUUCAGACUUUUCUGUGGUUACUCGCAUCUGCUGAGAUCAGAGAUCAGAAAACUCCCUUCCUUUCCGCCUCAGGCUUGGUUGACGUCGAACUUGGUCUGACUGGGAUGAAGAUGCACUUUGGAGGAAUUUCUUCCAUAUUUUUUCGAAACGUUCUGGUCUGUUUAUUAAAGGCCCAAGAAAAUAAUGAAUAAUUCUUAUAUGAUGUAGCCUUCUGGCAUUAUGGUAUUAAUUAAAAGCUUGACAUGCUUGGCUCCUGCCAAAACAGACUUGAGUUAAUUAGGUUGGAGGUAUUCCUGAUAUACAUAUAACUUAAAGAA